AUGGACGCCAUGUUGCAACUUCUUGACCCGGAGGACCAUCUGUUCGAACCCGAAAUGCCCAGCAUCGUCGACGUCAUCGGCCUCCCAGAGGAGUUCGGGGAUUACCUUCAGCGCAGAGAUUGGAAGAAGCACGACUGUGGAAGCUGCAACAAGGUCGGGUUUCUUGACCGCGUCGAAAGCAUGGAUCCUCUGGCGCAGAUGUUCGCCGGGCUGAGAAUCCAUGAGGAGUAUGUCGACUAUUACGGAUACGGGCUCAGAGGCGGCGGUGGAGGUCAUCCCGACGUCGGCAAAUGCCCCUCCAAGACCAGCUUCAGCAACGAUCAUGGCGAGGAUCUCCUCCGGCAUGAGGGAUUGGGGCAUGGACAAGCUGUUCGCAACGUUGCAGAACCUGAUGAAAAGCAGUCAUUGGCCAUGCGCCAUUCUGUGUUGACUACAGACUGCAUUGUCCCAGUUGAAAACAACGAGGAGCUGGAGGUCAAAGUCAAACCGAGGGCACCCCCAAGACAUAGCCCACCCCCUCUUCCCAAGUUCAAGCCCGAGUGUGAACCUUCAGGUAUCGAGUUGGCCAAGUCUCCUCCGUCGGACGGCGAAGUCCCCAACGCUACAUUUGAUGUGAAGAAGCGUCCACCAGUCCUUUGCGACGCCGACCUUGAGGACAACGGAGACGAGGAAUCGCGUGGAGUUGACGACCUUUCCAAGCUGCCAAAACCUCUCCAAGUCCCCAGCGGCACUCCCGAGGUUGCCCCUAGGAAGGUUCGGCAGUCAAUCUCCACGUGCAAGUUCGCUUGCCCCUAUCUGAAGUUCGAUCCCAAGACCUAUGGACAGCGUCCGAGUUGCCGCGGGCCUUCUUUUCCUUCUACACACAGGGUGAAGGAGCAUCUGUAUCGAGUUCAUGGACAAAAGCCGAACUGCGAUCGAUGCCGGAAGAUUUUCUCCACGGAAGAAGACGUCAAGAAGCAUCGCAGAUCAAAAGAUGCCUGCGAGCUUGCGGAGGGCGUCGUGAUUGAGGGCUUUGAUGCAUCCCAAAAGGAAAAGUUGCAAAGCAAAAAGCGGACGAGAUCCAAGUCGGAGGAAGAAAAAUGGCAGGAUAUUUUCCAGAUUCUCUUCCCCGAUUGCAGAGAAGUUCCAGAUCCGUUCUACAACCCGUAUUUCGACGCCGGUCUGGGUGAUUCGGCCCUGGCUCCCCGGGAUAUUGAAAAGAUCUUCACCGACGAUUUUCGGGAACAGAUAUGUGAUGGCAUUGAGAAGGCCAUAGGAACUCAUCUUAGCAGGACGAAACGAAGAAAUGUCACAGACGCCGUCAUGGAAGCCCUGCGACAGGGUCAAACGACGGCCAAGGAUGAUUCAAGCAAGGUGGCGGUUGAGAUCCCUGAGGGCGAACAGGACGUGUCUCCUGAGAGUUCGGAUCCAGAUUCAGGGUUCUCUGAGCCCCUCAGAUCUGGCCACAAAGCACGAACAACAAAAUCUGCGGGGGUACUGUCCGAGGAGAAUGACCAGAAACGUACACGCCAAAUUUUGAACGAGCCCGCGAGGCCCACGCGGCUCGUCGAAGAAAAGGUCAAAGGGCCGUCACUAGAACCGCGAGAAUUCAAGUUAGGUGAGGAGCUGAACCUCGGAUGGUUCGUCGGCUGGACCGGAAGUAUUGAGGACGGGAUGGAUUACGACUGGUUUCGCGACGUUGAGAACUCUGGGUUCCAAAUGCCUGUGAUUGAUUUGAUCGGCGAGGAGUAUGAAGGUCUGCUGCCUUCGAGCGACGUGGGUGGAUCGUUUCCAGGUGUCAAUUGGUAG